AUGCUUGAUCUGUGCGCAGCCCGCACCUCACAGAAGGCACUUGAUCACCAGACUUGCCUGACCCAUGAGCGGUACCUGACGUGCACCGUGGGGGUCACGAACACGAUGUUCUCGUCGCCCAUUCUGCACGGCGACGCGGUCCGGCUGGAUGGCCGACUGGUGCACUGUGGCUCCAGCUCCAUGGGCAUUUACAUUCGCUUCUACCGGCAGUCGCCGUCGACCCGCACCGAGACCCCGGCUGGCGAGUCCUUCUUCACCAUGGUGGCCAUCACGCCGGAUUUGAAGGCAGCCAAGGUUGUCCCGGCGGUGGAACUGACCGAUCCGUUUGAUAUUGAAUUGCACGACCGCUACACUAAAAUUCUCCAGAUUCAGGCGGAGAACGCCAAGAACACGGCAGAGCGCUUGAAGCGCAUCCUCACCACCGAGGAGGCUCAGUGCUCUAUCAACGAGCAAAAGCCGGUUCAUGUCCGCAUAAACUCCACCAAGGUGGAGGCGAACCGCAUCUUCUUCACGUCGUGCAUGAACAACAACAACACCGUCUUUGGUGGAGAGCUGAUGGCAUGGAUGGAGCAGCACGCCGUGCACUGCGGCCGCAUGUUCACCGGCAACCGCCACGUCUUUACGAUUGGGAUGCACAGCGUCGCUUUCCCCGAGCCGGUAUUCGCCACGGACUGGGUGACGCUCGAGGCGACCGUCAUUUACGUGCGCAACACCACAAUGGAGGUGGAUGUAGUGCUCAAGGCAGAGCGCAAAGACACCAGCACCGUCAUCACAAAUCGUGCGUCAUUUUUGCUGAUCAACAACGACGACAUUGGGCGGAAGUGCAGUAUCCCGAUAGGGCUGGUGUUGAAUGGGGCGACGCAGGAGGAGCUUCAGCACUUCAUGGAGGCCCGUGUCCGGAACCGCUGCAGCGUGGCUCAUCGUGAUGCAUUUUAUGGCGCCAACUCUCGUACUGGAACGACGAAUCUACAAGUCGACAAAAAAGGAGAAGGCAAAAAGGUGGGAAAGAGAGAGGAGUGA